UUUGUCGUGAUCCGUAGAAGAAGAUUGGUCGCUUUUGUCCAAUCAGUGGCUUCGUUGCAACAUCCUUGCGCAUGCGCCGUAAAGCAGGCAUUCCUUGUGCUCUACGUCGUGUCCGGUGGAGGUCACAGACAUCCAAGAAAGCUGAGGCUGCUGCCAUGGCUAAAUUGUUCGAGUCUAUUGGAAAGUUGGGGCUCGCCCUUGCUAUUGGAGGAGGUGUUGUCAAUUCUGCUCUGUUUAAUGUUGACGCAGGCCACCGCGCCGUAAUAUUUGACCGCUUCAGAGGUGUGCAAGACGAUGUGGUCGGAGAAGGAACUCACUUUCUCAUUCCCUGGGUCCAGAAGCCGGUCAUCUUUGACUGCCGCUCCCGUCCCCGCAACGUGCCCGUCAUCACGGGCAGCAAAGAUCUGCAAAAUGUCAACAUCACACUGCGUAUCCUGUUCCGGCCGGUGACGAAUCAGCUGCCUCGCAUCUUCACCAGCAUCGGCGAGGACUACGAUGAGAGGGUGCUGCCGUCCAUCACCACUGAGGUCCUAAAGGCCGUGGUGGCCCGGUUUGACGCCGGUGAGCUCAUCACUCAGAGAGAGCUGGUGUCCCGGCAGGUCAGUGAAGACCUCACAGAAAGAGCGUCCACCUUCGGCCUGAUCUUGGAUGAUGUUUCGCUGACACAUUUGACCUUCGGCAAAGAAUUCACAGAAGCCGUUGAGAUGAAACAAGUGGCCCAACAGGAAGCUGAGAGAGCUCGCUUCGUUGUAGAAAAGGCAGAGCAGCAGAAGCAGGCUGCCAUCAUCUCAGCAGAGGGAGACUCCCAAGCUGCCUUACUCAUCGCCAACUCUCUGAUGGAUGCGGGUGAUGGUUUAGUAGAGCUGCGUAAGCUCGAGGCAGCGGAGGACAUCGCCUUCCAGCUCUCGCGCUCCCGGAACGUCACAUACCUGCCCUCCGGACAGGGCACGUUGCUCCAGCUGCCACAGUGAUAGUACGCCGCUCCGUGUCCCCGCUCCAGCCGUCUCCAGCUGUUUUUACGGGCCAUGUAGAGGGUGGUCGGUAGAUUCAGCUUAGGGUCCUCUCGUUUCUUUGUGUACAUUCCUCCCACUCUAUCUGGAACCAACACUGGACUGGGAAAUGCCGUAAGGCUGCACUGUGGGAGAUAGAGUGGGAGGUUUGAGACGAAUUUACUCAUGAAGUUUGCCCUGGAAGUGAAGGGGUUAAAUUGGUCCAUUUAAUUGCCUAUACUAAGUAAGUUCAGAAAGUUUCCAAAUCAAAGCACUGCAUAUUUCACAAGCAACAGUCAAAGAGAUUUCUGUCAAAUUUGAUCAAAUUGUCAAAGUUGAAAUGCUCAGUUUCAACCAUUCACUAAUUAUCAUUAGCAAUUGUUGAAUUGAAAUGUGCCUGACAGUAGAGACGACACUUUAUUCCUUUCAACUGUUGCUGCGUCUUUGAUCCUUAGGAAAAAAAACGUGUAAACUAAACGCUUGAGAUUAUGAUUGAAUAAAGUUAUUUCUACCUCUCAGUGGC